AAACAAAGUGAAUGUGUAUUCACCGCUUCAGAGUAAAAAAGAGUGAAUAGUGAAAUUUUUGUCAAUUGUAAAUAAAAUUAUUAAAAACUAUAAUUUAACAAUUAUGAACUUAGGAGCACCGAACUACAAAAGGACAACGGACAAGCAGUACAACUUGCUGAAACACAAAAUGGCAAUACUUGCACAACAAAUUGAAAAUUAUAAUAAAAAUAAUACUGGAACAUAUAAACAGGAAACUGCUUAUUGGAAAGAUUUGACUGAAAAAUUAAAUAGUCUUGGACCUCCAUAUCGGACUUUACAGCAAUGGAAAAAGGUUUGGUCUGAUUUUAGACGCGCCGAUAAUAAACGUAAAUCCAAAUCUAAAACUAAACAUAAACAAAAUAUUAAAAAAGAUGCUAAAUAUGAUAAGUCAAGAGACCUAGGCGAGGAGGAUGAGGAGGAGGAGGCAAGCCAAUCUCAGUACGAAUUACAUACUUCCAGGGAAGUAAAUUCAAAUAUUAAAAGAGAAUCAGAAGAAUAUGAACAUGAUAAUCAAACAAUGAAACCAACAUUUUCUAAUGAAUAUGACAAUGAAUAUUCCUAUCCAGACGAACAGUCAUUACAGGAGUCAUAUGCAGAUGAAAAGGAAAUUUUAUUACCUGAUGAAUCUUCUUGUGGUUCUUACACCUAUGCUCCGCCCGAAUUAAAACCACGAACACAGCAAACAUCUGUUAAUCAUCAGGCAUCUGGCAUAAAUUACGCUACACCUCCACCUCUACAACCCUCAAAUGCUCGUUUAAUGGAUCAAACCUUAUACACAUUACAGAACCAAAUGGAUCAUCAAACCAAACUUUUAGAACAUAUGUCCCAAAUGUCCGGCACAAUGACGGAUCUAAUGGAACGCCAGGUGAAAGCUGUAGAAAAACAAACAGAAGCCAUCCGCCGUCAAGCUGCGGCUACGGAGCAUCAUACUUUGGUACUGAAUAGUUUUAUGGAUAUGAUACGUGACAAAAUGCAAAAGGGAAAUUCAAUGAAAACAACAGCGUCAACGCGAAAUUUUGUAAAUAAUAUUUUGUGAGGUUCUGGCAUACGAACAUUCAUAAUUUAGUUUAUAUAAUUUAUUGACUACUUCAGAAUAUAAUCUGUAAAUCUGACAAGUGCAGAGCAUUUAUUAUUUUUUUUAAUAAAAUUAUUUAAAAACAAAAAUUUAAAAAAGAAA